AUAAGAGGGAGUGGCUUUUUUACUCAGAGAAAACAGAUAAGCUGAGUUUGCCUUGUGUAGAGGGGCAGGAGUCACAAUCCUGAACAGACAAGCGUUUACUUUCACUCUGUUGGGCUUCACCAACAAUCCAGCUGCACAUUCUCCCACUCUGCCUCCACUGCUUGUGUGCAUUCUUCCAGCGGUUUGAAGCAAGACUUGGAGGGGAAGCAACACAGCCAGCACAGAGAAGUAAAAAAGAAAAAAAAUACACACACACACACACACACACACAAGAGGAAAACUCAAGAAAAACUUCAACACGCAGCCAUGAAGGACAAAGUGAGGAGAGGGGGAGGAAGAAAUCAGGCCAAGACUGAUGUAAUCGGCCUGACAGGUAGAAAGGAUGCUGCUGGCAUGAAACAAGAUGAGGACACAUCAUUCCCGGUGAAAAUCCAAGGGGCAGGAGUUGAGCCAUUUGAGCUGCAGGUCCACGGAUUUUGGCUUGUUCAAGACACAGUAAUGACUCUGCUUUCAAGGGAUGAGGUGUGUCCACGUUCCAACCUGUCGCUCGCACUUGCUGGAACAAAUCUGGACCCUCUCGCAGAACUACAAAGUCUCAAGGGCCUUAAGCCAGGAGCCGUCCUCCGUCUGGUGGAAGAACCUUACUCCGCCCGCUCAGUCCAGCUCCAUCUGGCUCGCGUGCUGGAGCUACUGAGAGUUUCUGGACCACAGGAUGCACUGAGAGAAGGACGCUCACCAAGCAUACUGGAGACACUCACACAUACACAAACACCAGACUCUGGUAUAACUAAUGGAAAGAGCCUGAAACGCUCUUUAAGCAACACAAAAACAGAAACAACCAACCAGGACGGAGCUCCUCCUGAGUACCUCCUCCCUGGUUCCUCCGACAGACCACUCAUGGCACUGCUACCACAAAGCUCCCAACCAGAGGUCCCUGGCUUUUUGAAGGACUUGUCCCUCAGCUGCUGGAACCCACCUCCAGGACACAGGAAGCUGCAGGGAGACUUCCUGUACAUCACUGUGGUGACAAUGGAAGGACGACGGUUUGACAUCACAUCCUGUCCAAAAGGUUUCUUUCUCAAUAGGUCUACAGAAGAUGUGUUUGAUCCUCGUCCUGCACAGUCUUCCCCAGUUUGUCACUGUUUCACUGAUGUGCUCUGUCACAUAAGCCCUGCAUUCAAACAAACUUUCACCACACUCAAAAACAGGCCUCAGUUGUCUCCAGUAGAGGUGAUGCCCACUCCCUACCACACGCUGAGCUGGCUCGGGCCUCCGUGUGCCUCUCGUACUCACAAAAACACAUUCAGCAGACUGGGAGUUGAUGAACAGCCAGGAUCACAGGCUCCAGAUUGGAAUGAGGAGUUGCAAACUGCCAGAGAUCUUCCGCAUGGCAAUCUGGAGGAGAGGCUGCAGAGAGACAGAGCUGUGCUCCAGAUAAACAGUGCAUUUGUUAGGGCCGUGAUGCAGGGGGCAGAGACUGUUAUAGAUGGCUUUGUGGAGCCAGUGAAUGGAAACCCAGUAGACCCGGCUUUCCUGUGGGGUGGCCUGUUCAUGAGCCAGGGGGCAGCAAGCGCAAUGUUUGGUGGGGAAAGGGGUCGCAGGGCUGCUCAGAGGCUGGAGCUUAAAGGAGUUCAGGCCUACAGCAACAUAGAGGGGAUAGAGGGGCUACACACUCUACCCACAGCCAUUGUAGACUACAGAGGAGUGCGCUUGUCUGCUCAGGGUCUGGCUCCUGGCUUGGAAGGCUCAGAGCAGGACCAGGCAACUGCUCCCGCCUCAAGAGGCUUGUUGUACGGGGUAAAUGCAGGACCCCAAGAGUCCCCCCAACGUAGACAGCUACUACAGCUCUUGGCUCAGGCUGCCAAGUCUCUUUGUCUCCAGAGACACGUUGUUGUGUCGCCCAAUAGUCGUCAGGUACCACUGUUCACCUCAGUGGAUGCUCAGGGACUGUUGGGGGCUGAUGGGAGGUUCUACAUACUGGAUGUGUUCAGGACCUUUCCAGCUGAUGCCAACUUCUGUCCAGACGUGGGGACAGAAGGUCAGUCAGUCAUUGGAGAAGAGGAGAGUAAUAAAAGCUGCGAGGAGGAGGAGGAUGAGAAGAAGAAGGGUUGUGUAAAAGAAGGCUGGCCAGAGAAUUAUCACUCAGAGUCUGGACUUCCAAAGAGCUUUGUUCACGGACUCUGUAGACUGAAGCCAGAGCUGCUGCAGGCCUUCAUCCAGCACAAACAUUGCCAGUUCACUCAGCGUGUCCGAGAGAUGUUGGACGAGAAUGGAGGAUUUGAAGAAUGUGCAACAGCUGGUGACGCUCGAGCCACUCAGGCAGUACGAGCUGCUUGUAAAGAAGUGGGCUCAGUUAGCGACAUCAUCUUUGAGAUGCGCUUCAACUCAAACGUCUUCUCUCCAGAAGUAUCUUUCCCUCCUGGUGAAAGUCAGUCAACAAAGCUGCAGGAGAGGUUACUGAGGGAAGCUGCGUCUUUCAUCAUCACGCACCAGAUACCAGCCUUUGUGGAGUAUUGCCUGCAAAGCAACGAGGCCCCAAUGGAUGGAGCUUCUCUAAAACAGACAUUACACCAGAGAGGCAUCAAUCUCCGGUAUCUGGGCCAUGUGAUCAACACCAUCAGCCAGUCAGAACACAAAGAGCGUCUGAGGCAUAUAAUGAGAUUGGUCAUAAGUGAAAUUUUCAUCCGCUCAACAAGACGAGUUUUCAGCAGCUUCAUCCAGGGUGUGGACACGCCCAGUCUCUCUGCAGCUGUCAGUCACUUCCUCUGCUGCCUCUUCGUCCCCCACUUCAUGCCCGCUCCUGUUGGAGAGGAGACUAAAAAGAAGUCGAGGCGGCGUGGCCGAGCAGCUGGGGCCUCUGAAAGCACGCCCUGGAGCACGCUCACAGGGGCUGAGCUGUGGAACCUGGUCUGCCAGGAUGCUGUUGAAACAUACAACAUCUCUGACUGCCUGGGCUCCGGUCCAAACCACCUGGUGGAGCACUACGGCCUCCAGAAGCUCUCUUUGCUUAGAGAGUUCUGUUUGAAGACUGGAGUACAGUUGAGACUGAAAGACUACUGCCUUGACAACCAAAAUAAAGCUCCCAUUGGUCCAGAUGACAUCCUCAACAUCUUCCCUGUUGUCAAGCACAUUAACACGCCGACUGUGGAUGCUUCAAAAGCACACCGUGCUGCACAGACUUUCCUUCAGAAGGGUCUGCUGGAUCAGGCCCAUGAGCAUCUGAAAGAAGCAGCCUACCUGUAUGGUAGAGUGUGUGAUGACCUGAACCCUGAGGCCUGUUAUUGCCACAGCAUGUUGGCCAAAGUGGCCUUCCUGCAGGGGAAGGCAGCUGAGGCUCGCAGUGUGCAGUUGAAAGCAGUGGUCAUCAGUGAAAGAGUGCUUGGCUUUGACCAUCCAAACACUAUCCAGCAAUAUGCUCUCUUGGGUGUGUAUGCGUUUGCUGGAGGUGAGACUGCCCUGGCCCAGAAGUGUGUCCUCAGAGCUCGUCUGCUAACACUAACAGUCCAUGGAGAAGACCAUCCCUACAUCGCAACACUGGACAGCUGUCUUGGGUUGAUGCUGACAGGAGAUCAGACAGGGCAGUACUUAAAGAACGCCCUCAGACUCAACACCUCCUUCUUCGGUGCCAUAAAUCUGCACACUGCUCUCAAUCAGCACAUGUUGGCCCAGUGGAUGUGCAGCAAGGGCGACUACCGAAGUGCUAUGACCCAUGAGAAAGAAGCCCUCACUGCUUUUACCACCUUGUUUGGAGAAGAUCACGCUCAGACACGCUGCAGCAAAGAGUUUCUGUGCACCAUAACCAAGCAAGCAGUGAAGGUGGAGCGCUCUCUCAGACAGGCAGGAGCUGACUGCACGGAGCAGACAGUGGAGUGUCUAAGUCCAACAAAUGACACUGUGCUGGAGCAAAUGGUUCUGGUGACAGGGAUCAGGAGGCUUACACAAAGUGAUAGGUUCCAGGAGUACAGGCAGAAACACAAGGAACUAAAGGCAGCGGUGGCAAAAGAACUGGGAUUCAAAGUGACCACCGAGCUCGUCGCCUCAGAGGCUGCGGACGGCGGAGAGAAAAAUUCAGAUGGAGAAACAGGAUACGGGAAGGAAGCUGAAGACGGAGGAAGCUCAACAGUGCAAAAGGCCAGCGAGAGCCAACAGGAGCAGCCGGUGGAAGAAACCAUAGUGGAAAGCACAGCUAAUGGUCAUGUGGUAGAGCCAGCUGAACAGAACCACCUUGAGGACAGUGACAGAGCAGGUUCAGGUGCUGAGGUCAGCAUAGUGAAUGGGGAGUCCGAGGUCAGGGCUACAGGAGAGGAAACUAAGAGCAGCACAGCUAAUGGGGAGGUGAAAUCUGAUGCAGCAGCUAAUGAGAUGAAGUCAGAUGAGGUUAAUGGUGACAUAAAUGGAACCCCUACCAGCCCAUCAGUCCUCAAGAGUAAAGGAACCUGGGCAGAUAUUGUUUCAAAAGCUCCAGUAGCAAAUGGAACAGCAGUCAACGGAGUGGCAGAUAAAGUCACAGCUAAUGGAGUAGCUGAGGGGUGAGAAAACAUAUCAAACAGGAAAACAGUAUUGUUAUCAACUUUUUUCCCAAAUAACUGCUGUAACAUGAAACUCUUCCAGGAUCUUUGAGGUCAUUAGAUCCAGUGAACAUGAAGCAGAGCAUAAGAGUCAGAUGAUGAGUAUUACUUUGUGUUCAAGAUGUAUUUCUGAUGCUGGAAGGGGGCUGUACUGAUGAGUGCCAUUUUUUCCAACAAUAAACUUUUUACUCUGGUUUACCAU